AUGAUCGGGAUAGCGAAGCUUGCACUGCUAAUGAUUUUGCCAAUCAUUGGCCUGAUUAUUCUUGAGGUACCUUCCCAUGGUUCUCAACACAGUAAGCCUAAACCUACGCCUAUCCUAUUUCGCGACGGUCAAGUCUAUACUCAUUUACAAGGAUCGCUUGAUCAAAACAGCUACAAAACCAUCGUUCUACCCAAUAAGCUCCAAGUUGUCUUAAUCACGAACCCUAAUGCUAUAAAAGGUGCGGCCUGUUUAAAGGUUCAAGUUGGAGACAUGCAUGCCCCCACCGAACACCUUGGGAUGGCCCAUCUUUUAGAACAUAUGUUGCUCAUGAGCACCGAAACUUAUCCCGAUGCCAACCAUUAUAGAAAGUUUAUCCAGGACCACGGUGGAUAUUGCAACGCAUUUACGUACCAAGAGUACACGGAAUAUCAUUUCCAAGUUGCAGUUGAUCACCUUAAGCAAUCACUAGAUAUAUUUAGUGAGUUUUUCAAAUGCCCACUAAUUGAUUCUCAAUAUCUGGAAAGCGAAAUAAAGAUUGUGCACAGCGAACUGGAAGCAAGAUUGGGCGAUGAGUAUUUGCGAUACUUUCAGCUCAACAUACACCUGACUAAGCCCGAGUCCCUACUAUCGAAGUUCACAAUAGGAUCAAAAGAGACCCUUAAAAACACCAAGCGAGAACACGUGCUUUGUUUUUGGAAACAGUACUAUCGGCCAGACAGAAUGCAGUUAGUAGUCUAUGGAAAAGAGUCGCACGAUGUCCUAGAAGGCUACGUCAGAGAGCACUUCUCAGCAAUCAAGGACCAGUCCGACCAACCGUGGAUCUUUUCCGAUCCACCAUACGAGUUGCUGGGCAGCACCCCUUCCAAGCCAAGCAAGAACGAUACAUCGCACCACUUGAUCAGACCUGACUUGCAAAACAAACUAGUAUACUACAAACCACUUGACCCCAACACUAAAAAAUCCCAACUAUCGGUUAAAAUUCAACUGCCACAAACAUUCCAUGCGUACAAAGAGAAAACGGUGGAAUUUAUAGGCAAUGCGCUUGAUGAAGAAAAGGAGCGAAGUGGAUUCAACUCGUUAAUUAGAGAGGGCAUAAUUGUAUCCAGCUGGUGUGUCGACGACCUGAAGCCUACAGGAAACUCGAUAACGCUCGGAGUUGAGUUUAAUUCCAAUGCGCAGCCGUUGAUUGAAAGUAUUCUCAAUCUUAUACAGGCCAAACUAGAGUUGGUUCGCGAAAUGGCGGGUCAGGAGCUUUACAAUACUUAUAAGCAGAUCUUCCAAAACAGAAUGGAGGAGUACAGUCCAAAGACGGCGAUAGAGACGGUUUUGCACAUUGCCAAGUGGCUUCCGUGGAUGGCUUUAGAGGACAUUUUCUCUCUACGGUACAAAUUUGAAGCCUUCAAUGCCAAGGAGUUCGAUCGUUUUGUUGGCAUCGCAUUAGACCGCUCAAAAUGGUUAGUGACGGUUCGAACAAACGAGAUGCCAGUCGGUGCACCUCUCCAGACUGAGCCUUAUUACAGCAUUGAAUAUGCGGUAGUAGACCUGACCGGCAAAACAGAUGAGAAAGCAGAUUUAAUUGCACAGGAGAUGGAGUGGGGCACCAACUAUAUCUUUGAGGAAGUUGAUUUGGACAUGGCCAGAAAGAACGACCAGCUUUCAGCUAAGUUCGGCAGCUUUAUUACAAAUGCUACUCUCUGCCCCUUUCCGGAGCCAUACAACUAUACACCCACCAUCUCCUAUACCGAGAAAGGCUUAACAGCUCAUUUGGCUUAUUGCAAAGGCAUCACAACCAAAAAGACUCGAGUAGAUAUCAUUUUGGAGACUCCGGACAUUGACAAGAGCAUUUCUGCGCAUGUGGCAUUCCGCGGGUACAUAUCCGCCUAUUUGAAGGGAUUCAGGAUUAGGCAUUACGAGAAGGCUAGGCUUUCCGACACAGAUAUAGCAGAUCUCUAUAUUCGGAGCGGAAAGCUUUACAUAACAUUCCAAGGAUACCCUUUGGUUAUUCAAGACCUCAUUAAUCUCUUCUUUGUUGAUUUUGCUGCUUCGCACGAAGACUAUCUUGUUAUGACCCAGACUUUGGCUCCGAUUGAGUUUGACGAUAAUUUGUGCGCACAGCCCCACGAUCUUUGUCAAAGCGAGGGGUUUAGACUGUACACCCAAUCACCGCCUUUUAUCCCAACCGACCUCAUUGGGGCUGCCAAACACAUUAAGCUUGAGGAUAUAAUCGCUAUUACCCAGGCCAAGAUAUCUAUCUUUGUGUUUGGAAACACCACCAAGUCGGAGUUCGAUAGUAUCAUUAAAAUCGUCAAGAAACAUGUUACACCAACCACUCGACCUCAGAACCCCAAAUCUACCUUGUAUCCAGCACGGGUUGAACUGCCAACAGUAGACAAGCUCAACAAUGCGGUUAUGCUGAUCCAUAGAUUCACAAGGCCGGACAGGAUAAGAGAUUAUAUGAUGGCUCAAUUGCUUUACCAAAUUCUGCAUGGAGUCUUCUUCGAUCAGCUCCGAACCAAAGAAGGGUUUGGAUAUAAUGUUUAUAGCGAACAUUGGGGAGUGGACGGCAAGGCCUAUUUCACCAUGACUAUUCAAGGCACAAAAGACAUAGGUUUGGUUGAGGCCCGCAUGCGAGCUUUUGCUCAAAGCAUAAGUGAUCAGAUCACUAGCCUUUCUGCUGAGGAGUUCCUGAAGCACAAAUCAACCGUUGCAAGCAAUGUUAGUAGUAUAGCCCUUAGCCUUCGUGGUUUUGCCAUUAACAGAUGCUUUUACUGGGGACACGUUGAUAUUGACGUGAACAUUAAGGAGAUAUGCUACACUGCUAUUCAAGGUAUCACUAAGAAGGAGUUAGCUGAAUAUAUGCGCCAGCAUGCUAAUGACUUUGAUGUAAUUUGCUCUUCUAGCAAGUUUACCAAGUUUGCUAUAACCAUGCAUCCUACUCAAUAA